GGCAGCUCGGGAAUUCUUCGCUGACUACAAAGUAACUUGGCGCUUCCGAGUUUUUUUGAAUGGGCCGCUUCCAUUCACGGGCCGGUGGCGGGAAAAGAGCCCCCCGCGCCACUUCCCGGCUCCGUAGCUGACCAGGGAACAGCGCCCGAUCCUAUCCCGGGUGAAACUGAGCCCCGAUCCUAUCCCGGUGAAGCUGCACCCGAGGAGGCGCGUAAAGUGUUGACGCUGCAAGGCGGAAGGCGGACUCGGCUACUAGAGGAGCGCCCGUGGACGCGGGAGGGACGUCCAGGAUGGCGGACAGCAUAGAUGAGUGGGUGGGCUGUGCUUACCUCUUUCUCCAAGCAACCUUGGAAGGUGACUCUCUACCUACACUCUACAGCCACCCACACCACAGGUUCAAGAUAUACCAAGCAUUGAAGACCGCAUUGACAGAUUCUGUGGGCUUUAAUAGGGUGGAUAUUCUGAAGAUCCAGUGUAGUGACAAUGAUUUGAUCGUCCAGCUCAAAUUCUGCAAGAAAGAGAACUGCAGAAAGUUCCUGCAAAGCUACAAGAAUGGAAAUUUUCACAGAGCUCUUCAGUUGAUAAUAAACUCCUGCUUCCCCAUGCCCAGCCUAGGGUUACUCAAGACAGAACUGAGGGCUGGUGCCGACAAGUUGGAUUCCAUCAUCCAAGAAGAAGAACGGUGUCUAGAAAGCAUCUCUCGGGAGAAGCCGGAUCAUCUUCCAGACGAAGCAGUAACAGACCUGGAAGAACGUUUCAAGAGUUUUUCCUUUGGACGAAGUGCCUCUCCACCUUCGGGAGGGCCGGCCUCUGGAGAGAUGUCCCUCCCCACUUUAAAUUCCGUACCUCCAUCUUUCGGGCCUCCGGAGAUUUCAAAGCUUUCUUUGGUUGAAGAAGAUACUUUCUUUUUCCGGAACCAGCCAUUUGCCAACAGAAAAAUCAACCCCGAUGACCACCAGACGUUCGCCAAACUGGUAUCCAAGAAGUGGAAACAGGUGGGCCGGUCCCUCUACCUGCAGACCAAAUGCCGGGCCCUUCGGGACCCCUUCAUCGAUAACCUGGCCGUUGAGUACGAACGUGAUGGGCUGUACGAACAAGCGUACCAGUUGCUACGCAGGUUUAUUGACUCGGAGGGCAAGAAGGCCACCAUCCAGUGCCUGGUGGCUGCCUUGGAAGACAAUGGCCUCAUCAACAUAGCCGAAGAACUUUUGGGUCUCCACCAAAGUGACUUGUGAUUUUUUUUUAAAAAAGAGUCUUUUAUUGGGGGGGGGGAGACUGCUAGCUUUGUGCCUCUGUGAUUGAUCCUCCCACUGAUCUUUCUUGCGCAUCUUAUUCGGUCCCUGAUCAACUAUGGCUUCUCCCUAUGAUUGCUUCCCAACAAGAAUCCUGAAGAUCAAACUGGAAGGUCAAGUAUGCUUUCAACAAGAAAUUGGAAGCAUGCUCUGGAAGAGCGGAGGACCUUCUAACUGGACCUCACCAGACACUGUCAGAUUCAGGAAAUCUGUAGCACAGGAGAGGGUGGGUAGAAUAAGAAGGAAUGGGUCUCAACCUGGAAAUAAGGAGGAAUUUUCUGACAGGGAGAACAAUUAAUAACAGCUUGCUUUCUGGAGUUAUGGGUGCUCCAUCAUGGAAGGUUCCCAUGAAAAGAUUGGACAGUCAUUUGUCCUGGAUGAUGUGUGGCCUUGGACCAGUUUGAUCAAAAGACCUCCAAAGUCCCUUCCAGCCCUAUGAUUCUCCUUUCCCCCUAUCAUGAUCAAAUGGCAGAUUUAACGUUGAUGUUCUCCUGGUCUUCAAGAGGCCUUCUGAGUAACUGAGGAGACCAUUAGCUCAAUAAAGAACAGUCCAGAUAUAUUUUCAUUUUCAACUCAUUGAGAAUCCAUUCAAGAUCUUCCUAUGGGUGAUUCAAUCAGCUACAGAUCGGUCACCUCCGUCAAUGUUGGGGAAUUUAUGAUUCUCCAGAUAUCAGACAGCCAAGCAAUUGAUGAGUUGUUCUCCGUUUCCUUAGUAGAUUUGUAAUAUUAAUUCAGACUUUCAGAAAUACCUCAGGGGGACCAUUUCAAGGAGAUCUUGAGUUAUGAGUUCUUGAUUGAUACCAGCUUAGUCUACUAGCUGUUGAAGGACUUAAAUCAGGGAUGUCCAAUCUGGCAACUUUAAGACUGGUGGACCAACUUCUAGGAAUUUCCCAGCCUUGCAUUGCUGGCAGUCUUAAAAGUUGUGAAUGUUGGAGACCCAACUGAUGUUUACAUUGAAAGCAAACCAAUGCUUCUAAGGCAGGGAAGACUGGUAAAGAUGAAUCAUUCAUUCAUAAACACAAUAACUGGAGUUGAGAAUGCAAGUCUGGCCCAUUUAACACAUCUUUAACAGAUUAACAGAGUUGGAAGGGACCUUACAGGUCAUCUAGUCCAACCCUCCCUGCCCAAACAGGGCAUUAUUUACACUAACAGAUUUUUCUACGCUGGCAUUUUCAAUCUCUUUAAGUUUUUCAAGAGGAUGCUCCUGUACCAGUAUUUUUCAGCAACUUUUUAAGAGGGUUGGAGUUGAACUCUUAAAAGUUACCAGAUUAGGGAAGACUGUUCUAAACAGUUUCUGUGACUUUGGAAGUUUGUCAGCAUAUUUCCUUGAAACAGGACAAGUCUCAGGUAUUUUGUAUAAAACUGUCAUAUUUUCUUCAAAUUCAAUUUUUUUAAAAAGUAGAAAUUUGAUACAUAUAUUUUUUGGCUUGAAACAAAAAAUCUUGGUCUGUGACUUUUUAAAAAAAGUUAAGUAGGGAAAUUGAGCACAUGUUCACUUUAAUCUUUGUAAUUGCUGUCCUUAAUUGCUUGCUUAGCUUAGUCUUUUAAUUAGUGCUAAAACAUGGAGCAACAUUUAACCUAUUAGCCCUAUGAUGCUGUAAUGCUAAAUCAUACUAACCGUUAUGAUUUGACAAUGAUUAAAACCUCAUCUCUUUUACCUUAAAAUAAACCCCAAGACCAUAUAAUGCUAUAGUGCUAUUUUUUAAAAAACCAAGGAGGAAACUUUCUGAAGGACUGCUUCUGUGUUGCCUAAGGCUUUUAAGUCAUUGUAAAUGACUGUUAACUUCUACAAUUGUAUUGGUUUUGGUGGUAUUUCACUGUACUUUGUUUUAAUUCAAAGCAAUUAAAAGGGUAACAAUUUCAAUAUCCCAGUUGCCUACCAGAGAUUUUAAUAAAGAUGUGAUGAUAUUCAAAA